UAGUAUUAUUAUUAUUGGUAAUCUGUCAUUUUACCAUUUUAUUGACUGAACUUACUGAAGCUUAUCACAAUCAUGAUCAGAAAGUUGAUAGAAAACUAAGGAAAAGGACCAGUUGAUGGAGUACUUCAAACACAUUAGACAGAUUUAGAAUAUCAUUACAUCAGUUUUAGUGGAAAACUAUUUGAACUACUUCUUUAAAGCCUUAAAAAUGGCUUAUGGAUCCAAGAUGGAAGAUAUUUUACGUCAACUGGCAAAAGAUAUUAUCACUCCGAAAUUUGCUAAUAUAAAGUAUACUGCAAAUGUUGCUAUUGAAAUUCUGGAGGAUGAAGAGAAGUUAAAAGUUAUAGAAGCCUGGGAGUUGAGAGAAAUAUGUCUACAGCCACUCCAGUUGGCUUUAGAAUCUCGAGCUAGGAAACUUGGCCACACAGCACUGGCAGGCAUUCAGACAAUGUUCAAGGAUGAACGUUUUCGUAGUUCUAUGGAAACAAGUGAUGAGGACAAAUGGAUGCCAUCACAAGUACUGACUGUACUAGCUGUGGCUCAUUCGCUGGCUGAAGAUUUGCAAAUAGAAAUUAUGAAGCUGUUACUAAAUAUGACAGUGACUGCAUCCUGGUGUACCAGUGCCAAAACAAUCAUUAAAAUAGCACAGGCUGUUCUAGUUCUCCACUCAGUCAAGAGCUGCAGAGACCAUGCUAGGAUCUGCUUGUUGUCCAUUCUGGCCUUGUACUCACGCUCUCACUGCAACAUUGACCCAGACGUUGAUCUCUGGUUGACUCAGCUCUUUCUGUACAACAAUGUGGAAGACGGGGAUGAUGUACUAGCUGACUUUAAGUCUGACAUCAGGAGUGUGUCAAGAGAGAACCUGACAAAUGAAGUUGUUUUGAUAUUGACCUUUCUCACUGACAGACUUGAGGUGGUCUCCAGCAGCUCUCAGGGCAAACAAACUCUACCCCUGCUACUAGAAGGCGUCAAUAUUAUCUUAUCUAAGGUUUCUCACACAAUCAAAAGCAAUGAAGACUUCCAGGAAUUGUUGUGGAAGAGACUAUGCCCAAGUUUGAUCAGCCUACUUGGUGAACCAAAAGCUGAGAAGGUUGCUGGACUACCUCAAGCCACAAAACAGAGUGGGACCUGUACAGCCUCACCUCACAUCACUCAAGGCUCAGCUAAAAUCAUUUACAAUAUUGCAGGGGAGUUGGCCUGCCUUGUUGGCAGCGUGCCACAGCUGCGAGCUGUACUGGAAGCUUUGUUCCAUAAAAUACUGAUGUUUCCCUUACCACAGAGCAGAAAUGAUGCCUUGCGGGUACUCAAAGAGCUCAUGUCAGAGCCACACAAGGUUAUCUCUCUCAUUGGGGCUGGUGUGUUGUCAUCUAAAGACAAGAACCUGGAUGCUAACAUGGCACUUAUCAAAAUGCUGAUUGAGUCCAUCUACCAGAGCAGCCACUGCCAAGACCCUGCCGUUGUCUACACCAGUGUCUCUUGUAUUGAUGCACUUCUUGCCUCCCUUGACAGGAUCAGACAGGGAGAAGCAAUCCCUGACUCACUGCUCAAGCCACACAAAGGUACAAGGAGCCACUCUAGAAGAAGUAUGACCUCUAACCCAGAUGAUGAUGGAGGAAGUGAUCUCACCACUGACCACUUUGAUGAAUCAGAAGAUUCCUCAUCUGAACCUGAGGACACAGUCUUGAACAAAGAGGUUGUUUCCCUUGACCAGCAAACUGACACAGGUGUCAAGCCAGUUACUUCCCCCUCUAUGACUGAGUUUGAAGUGCAUGAGAGAGAGAAUGCCCAACAGUUUGUUGCAUUCUUGCGUCAGAUGCUGCCUGCAGUACAAAGUUCAGUCAGUGUUUUUGAAGUGGAUGAGGCAUUACAAGACAUUGCUGCACAGUUUUGUUCAAGUAUCCAAGGCAACAGCAGUCACAGAGACAAGUUCUCAUCCUCUGUUGUCCUCAACUCUGAUGGCAUCUAUGUGGCGGCCAUUGUUGUUCUCAAACUCAACCUGCAGCUCCUCAAGUCUGGCUACUACCAGAACAAGAGGCACCUGACAGUUACAGAGAAGGACUUUGUGAACGAGAUCUUCAGCUCUGGCCUUCUCCUGUACCUGCCCCCAGCGUGGCUAAAGGAGGUGUUUGCUCAAGUGGUCUCUUCCAGUCUGUUGGAUGGAACUAUCAGUGAUACUGGGAACUAUCUAAUUAGUCUGCUGCAAGAUCUUGAAGGGAUUGGCACAACUGAAGAAAGAGGACGUCUGAUGUCAUCGUUUAGAGUGGAUCCAGAACUACCAGCAGGGGAUGAUAUCAACAGGAUGCAGAGGAUAGAAGCAGGCAAGCUGCUGUCUAUCAAUGUCCUGUCCACAUGCUGGCAGCAGAUAUUGGACAUCCUCUCUGUUAUGCUGAAUGAGCAGGUGUCAUCCAGUGGGGGAGGGACCAGGUACAGCCUGGCCCUGCUGCUGGCCACAGACAGUGCACAGGAAGAUGUGCGCAAGGCUAGAAGUGCCAUCUGUAUGAGUCUCAACGGUUUACAGCGGGCAGCCAAGCUGUGCUGUGUUUUAGGCCUGCAGCAGCUAUGUGGCAGUGCUUUCUCUCAGCUGGCAGCCACCUCAUGUGUCAAGGAAGACUUCAGGGCCUUGGCUGGGGCAGACAACAAAACACAGAGCAAGACAGUUCUCAGCAGUCACAAACCUAAGCUGGUCAAACUUCAUGCAGCCCAUGUCCUCAGCAUGGAUGUUGUCAUGACAACUGGGCUGGAGGUGGGAAGCCAUUCUGCUGAUUGCUGGAAACAUGUCUUUAGGUGCUGUGCUCACAUCUCUGAGCUGGAACACACUUAUUUUAGCCAAGGCAACAACCAGUCCAGUUUACCAAAGAUUACACAUGGAGCCUUGGCCAAAGAUGGAGCAGAAGCUGAUGGAAGCUGUGAAACAGACAUGUACUCUGGCCAUAUUGCACCAGCAGUUCCUGUGGCCCCUAGGAUCAAUGUGCCAGCCCUGAUACAACAGAGUGGACUGGAGUCUGGCUGGGAUAACUCACUAGCUGCUGGAGGGGUGCUGACAUUCUCACAGGCAUCUAAAGCAUUGUGUGGUCUCUCUCAGGAAGUUGACAGCCUGUUUGAGGACGCUGCUGACAAACUUUGUCUAGAUGCCCUCCUGAGUUUUCUGAGGGAGCUGGGUGAGGCCACGGUGGUACAGCAGCAAAGACUGGGGGGUGAGAGGGCCAGCAGCCGGCCCCCCACCAACGCUCUCCAUCUGUACAGGCUGCAGCAGGUCUUGGUGCGUGUUGUCAACAGCUCCCGGCCCUUGCUCCACCUCUUGAGGGUUUGGAGUGUUGUCUCCCCUUAUCUAGUCCAGGCUACAGGAAACCCUGAUCAUGUGAUCUCCAAGAUGGCAGUGACCUCCAUCCAUGAGUUUAUUGUCUCCCUUGUGAGCCAGAGAGAAGAGAAAGCCUACUUCCAUGUCAAUGAAUAUGUGUGUAAAACCUUUGAGGAUAUGCUGUGUCUUGAGCUGUGUGACGGGGAUGUACAGGACCAGAUUGUAUGUUGUAUAUGUGAGCUGGUGGAGGCUUGUAGCUCUCAGCUCCAGUCUGGAUGGCGUCCCCUGUUUGGAGCUCUACGCUCUGUAAAGAUAGAAUACACAACUAGUGAGGCUGUGAAUGAAGCACGUCAGAGGCAUGUUGCUGCAGUGAUGGAUGUGUUCAAUGUCUACCUCAGCAUGGACAAUGUCACAGUCUUUGCUAAUGCUACAGUGGACUGUAUACUCUGUCUGCUCAAAUAUGUGCAUGGUCCAGCAACAUUUGACAGUGACUUCAGUGAUGACAGAUCAGAGUCUGGCAGUGACGACGAGUACGGCAGUGCUGAAGGCGAGCUGGAGAACCUGUGUGUUCCUGCCCUCAAAUACCUGACACAGGUGUGCCAGAUUUUGACUUCCAUGUGGCAGAUGCCAGCUUGUCCCAUUUUUAAAGGUGCUCAUAGAAUUCAGACUGAUUCUGCUUGUCGCACUGUGGAUCAUGAAAUUCCUUUCAUGAACUUUAAACAAUUUGCUGAUGAAUUUUUAUGUACCCCAACCUCUGUAUGCAACACUGCAGAUGUCCAGGCAGGUUUAAAAGAUGAGUCCCUACCAGUUAAAGGUGAGCAGGUGCAGUCAGGCGUGGCUGGUGUUGAGGGCAGGGAUGUGAGUUGCCCAGACAACAGUGGCACAGAUGUGCAUCGCCCAGACAACAGUGGCACAGAUGUGCAGCGCCCAGACAACAGUGGCACAGAUGUGCAGCAGGCUGAGGGCCAGGACACCCCAGUAACUAGCUCGCAGGUCCUGGAUGCUGAUGCUGACAGGCCAUCUGGCUGCCCCAGGGAGGAAACACAGGUAGAAAGUAGUCAAGUCCAGGCUUGUGAAGGUGCUAAGGAGAGUGCCAGCACCAGACCUGCAACACUGUCUGGGCUUUCAGCUUGUCAUGAGACACAGGGAUGGGGGGACAACUUCACUGCGUAUGAUGUGUCCAGCACACAGAGCACAACCCAUCUGGGCAGCUACAGGUCACUGGAUGACAUGGACAGCAAGUCUGGCGUCCUACACGUCUGGUUCCUGCUGCUGGAUGGCCUGGUCUCUGCCAUCAACCACUGCCCCAAGUCCAGCCAGUCACAUGCUCUUGGCACCUUGAUUGACCUGCUCAAGUUGGCUGCUCAUGUCCCAGGCCCAGAGUUUGCCAUGUACUGUGUGAACCACCAGCUGCUCCCCAUGCUCCAGUCCUGGCUGCGGCGUGGCUCUCGUUGCUAUGGUUACUGGAACACUGCCAUCAUCAGCUUUAAACAGUGCUGUGGUCUGGUGGCUGAUCUGGUGGUGGAGUUCCUCAAGAAAUUCUCCAGUGAGCCAUCUGUGGAGGACCCACUGCAGUUGAUGCUGAAACAAACAUUUGAUGUCUUUAAAGAAUGUGUUGCCCAACCUGUAGAAAAUAUCUCCCGCCUUGGCUGCUCUUGUAUCAGGCAUGUCCUUCUGUCUGCGGGAGCCUCCAUGUCAGAACAGCUGUGGCAGGUGAGCGCCAUAGCCGUGCGUCAGGCCCUGAGUGUCACCACGUACAACCUGCAGCUCCUGAUGGCUCUCUUUCACCCCAACUCUGACAACUUUUACGGGGACAUUGGGCAGGUCAAGGUCGCCACCAGGAAAGACUGCACUGUUGUUGACUGUCUGAGGCUCAGACAGAUGGCCAGACAGGUGUUUCUACUGGACAGUCAAGUCUCCUCCAUGCCAGAUGUCCAGUACGACACUGACCAAGACAAAUCUUUUGUCUUCCUCCUGUACCCACCUGGACAUCAAGACAGUCUUAAUCCAGACCAUAUCACUACCAGGUUUAGUCUUAAUCCAGACCAUAUCACUACCAGGUUUAGUCUUAAUCCAGACCAUAUCACUACCAGGUUUAGUCUUAAUCCAGACCAUAUCACUACCAGGUUUAGUCUUAAUCCAGACCAUAUCACUACCAGGGUUCCGUUCCGUCAUGUGAUAGUGGGCCUGCUAUCUAAUCAACUCCUGCUGCAAACUGUUGGCUCCAUUUUGCUGGACAAGAAUCAGAAGCUUGACCAGGAGUCAUCUUUGCCUGGUUUGAUGGAACACAUGUCCACACGAAACAUCCAUCAGUUUCUCUCUGCACUCCAUGAUGUCUUUAUUGUUGCACAAGAGUUUGAUGCUCGGCCAGGUCUGAAGUUCCUGCUCCAGAAGGUGGCUUGCCUGGACGUGGCUGCCAAUCUGUACAAACAGGCUGCGUCUGCCAUGUUGUUCCAUGUUCACAGCUUGGUGGAGAUCUGUGCAAGCCUGGACAACAGCAGUAUCACAUCCACUCAAGUUGCCAUUACACCAGUAUCUGAAUCACCUGAUACUCCCGGGGUGCUGCCUUCAAUGUGUCAGCUGAACCAGCAAGCUAGCCUGUCUCUGGCCAAACCAUUGAGCAGUGGGAAGAUCUUCCUACCCCUGCUGCAGAUAACUUGUGAGGAGCUGUGCCAGAGCUACAUGGAGGUGCUCAGUCAUGCUGGCAAAGGCUCAUUGCUGGACAAGAUGGCAGAGAAACCUAUCUUCUUCCUGACAGUUCAACACGACGACAUCGCCCAGAUAGCCUCCCAGGUUCACUCCCUGGCUGCUGCAAGCAAAGAGCCCAGCAAAUUUCUUAAGUCCCAGCCCAAACCUUUUGAGUCAGGGGCUGUGAAACCAGUCAACUUUGAUGUCAGCACCCCACAAAUUGAGCAGGACUCCGAGCUGGAAUCUAACACAGAUGAUGACACUCACAGUGAGAUCAGCAAAGAGAGUGAUGUCAUAAGAGAGGAGGAAGAGGAUGAGAGUCGGAUGAAAAGCAAGAGGGAAAUUAGAGAAGAGUUGGAGAGUAAAGUUUACACUGUAGCCACAGACCAGGUGAUAGAAACCCUGAUGCAUCAGUACAAGAGACACAAACAUCAGCGCUCCAUGCCCAACUUUGUCAGGCUACCCAAGUUUCAAAGGUCAAGGCUACAGGUACAAAGGAAAGUCGCUGUUGAUGAGAACAUUGAAAAACAGCAGAAGAGUUCCAUCAUGAAGGACAGUGAGGCUCACAUCCAGGCUUGGUCAGAUAUGCUGACAGCUGUCCUGCAGAUGAUUAUGAACCUUAACGACCAUUGUUUUUCCUCCCUGCUGCCUGUGACCUUCACCAUGGUCAGCCACCUGAUCUUGAAUGCCUCAGACGCGGCACUAAGGGAACAGCUGGCUCAGUGCUUCAACAGACUGGGUAAACUCUAUAACUUUGCUCCUGUCAAAUCUCCCUAGAGAUCUUCCACUUUACAACUGCAUUUUUUGUUUUUUAAGUUGGUACAUUUCAUUUCUCUCAUCUUUAAGUCCCAUCAUCUAACCCACAGCCAAACAUUUCAUUACUCUCAGCUCUAAGUCCCAUCAUCUAACCCGUAGCCAAACAUUUCAUUACUGUCAUUCUUAAAUCCCUGCGUCUAACCCUCAGCCAAAUGAACCCCCACAAUCAACUAUGGCCAACUUACUUACACUAUGAACAAGCUUGUAUUUGUAGAUGCAUCACAUUAAAUCUAUUUUCAUUUUGUUGUAAUACAUGACUGAUGAAAAUUGCUUCAAUAUGUUGACUUGAUUACUUAAUGAAAAUUUUAACUUUGCAGUAUAACUAAGUCUUCUCUAAUUAUAAAAAACUAAACAUUCUCUAAUUCCUGAUGCACUGAUGAUAUUUUAUUCCAAAAGAUGUUUAUGUUGUCUUGAAUGUAGCAGUACUAUAAUUUAUCACCAAAUUACUUGCAAGCUGAUGUAUAUAAGUGACAAUUAUUGUGAUAUUUAUUGACUUUGUGAUAAAAGAUUUUCCUUUGUCAUUUUGAAAGCCAAUUUUGGCUCAUUGGGGUCUACCACAGACCUGGUUAAUUUAUAGUUCACUUUGGUGCAAUCUUGGGUUCAGGGCAAUCAAUCUUGGGCGUAGUGCAAUCUUGGUUCUUCUAGUCAACACUGGUUUCAAUAUUAUUGAUUUACAGCUAUUAAAAUGAGUUUUUUUGUUCUGGACACAUGUAUUACUCUAUGUUUGCUUAGGUUGUGAUGAUCAGAACAAAACCUAUCUGCCUGUUGUUUGUCAGUGUAGUGGUGACCUCAGUAUUAUCUUAUCCCACCAUAUGUUUACAGAGUAAUAUUUAUGGCAUUACGGCUCAUCCAUUUAUGACAUCCACAAAAAGUGGGAAAAUUUAACAGACUUCUCAAAACUUAAAGUUUAAAAGUAUUAUUGCCUCCGAGAUAGACUUUGUGAACUCAAGCAAUUCCUUUAAAGGUUUAGAUUUUGUAUACACGAAAAUGCAGCUCAACAGGUCACAACCACUAGAGCCAGAACCCCCACUCCACAUGCUUUAGUCAAAACCACUUAUCCAGACCCCCGUCUCUUCUGGUGUGGAUGUCAUAAAUGGAUGUCCCUUUAUAGUAUUAUGGAUUGCUAUAAGGCAUUUUAGAAAUAAGGAGUGAUAAAUUACAAGCAUCACUUAAUUUUUGCCAGGCAAAAAAACAUAUGAAUUUAUUUAAUUAGUAGCAGUGAUUUGUCAGUAAUUAUAAUUGCAUUUUAUUAAUAUUUUUGAACAAAUAUUUGUUGUCUAAGUUGUGAACAAAAUCUGUGCAAUAUAUUGUAUGUAACUCAAGUUGUGGAUAUUCUAAGAUUAAAAUUACACCCACAAUG